AAUAUAAUGUUUGUUUUUGUAGUUAUGCAACCAAACCAUGAUUCGAUUCAGUAAUUGAUUGUCUUGUUACAUUGCAAUACAUACAGAAGGUGUUUUGAAUAAAGUAGAAAGACGAAAUUUUUUAUCAUCCAAAACACGCUGUUGUCCUCAAGAAGAAGGAUGGCGUUGAUUCAUUUUAUAAUUUUGUUAUCUGCAUGCCAAAUAUUUCACGUUGAGGCUGGUAUAUAUACUCCACAUGAGAAUUUACCUGAUGGUGUUAUAACAAAAUACUUAAAAGGGAAAACUGAAGUAAGCUGUUUGCUGCAAUGUGAAAGAGAUGGAAAAUGUGAUGAAGCCAUGUUUAAGUUGAAUGAUAAACAGAGAAGAAGUGGCGAGUGCUGGUUUGUGAUGAAGAAAAUAUCUAACGAUACUAAAAAUGAAAUAAAAGACAUGAGACAGGAUAAAUCUAUUAAAAGCUUUAAAAAGCUACCUAUAUGUGAUAAGACUCCAUGUUAUUUUGGAACAUGUGUGAAAACAGACGAUUCUAAAGAAUACAAAUGCAAAUGUAAAGAUAAAUGGACACUCAUACAGAGAAACGUUUGCUUCGGAGCACGGCUAAACGAAUUUGGGAAAUUCAAAAUACCGCACAAUGCAGUGAUGAACGGUAUAAAAUUGCAACAUGUUGGUGUAAGUAGUCUAAAAUGCGCUGAUGACGCCAUACCAUCAAAAUGGAGUUGCGACAAAUCGGUGGCUUCUUGAAAUGGUUGGUGUGUUUAUUACAGAUGAACAAAGGAACAUACUUUACCCAUCCACGGAAUAUUAUGUCCAGGACGGUUACUCUUCCAUACCAGGAUACAACGGCAACUCAACCUAUGUGAUUUUCAAUUCCUCAAAUCACAUUGUUUACAAAGGACAAGAGUUAAGGUUAUAUUUUGGUGAAGCAUUCUAUAAUUUUUAUACUGCCGAUAAUAGUGGGGAAUCCUGUUGCGAUAUAUAUGCCAUUUAUUGUGAUCCAUAAACAAAGCAAGACAUACCUUUUCUGUGAAAUGAAAUCCGUAGGAACUAGUAAAUUCUUUGCCUACUUUUCUGACACAUGGUUUUUGGAGUUAUGAGAAUAUGAGUGGGAAAUACACAGGAGAGAGCUUAUUUAAGAGGCUUUUUAAAGUUGUUGAAAGACUUUAAACGUUCAAAAACUUUUUUAAAAAAAACUGAAUAUCCAAACAAAAAAAGGAAAACUUUUACAAGCUACUACAUGUUUAUGGAAAUGUUGGGAUGCGACUCAGCACCCAAUUUUAUACUUAAAAGUAUUAAUUCUACUUUUUUUAAAGCAUGAACCCGAUAUUUACUACGCAUCCUGCCAACCAUUAAAGCACUGCACAAUUUUAACCUGAAUUUGCGUGGCUUUCGAACCACGUACUUUUUGUGCUGGCAUUGACGUUUCUUUAGGCUUCUCUUUUUACAGGAUUUUUUUAUAUCAUUGAAAAUACAUGUAAAUAAGAAUUAGAGACGAGGCUAGUCACCAGUUUAUUUUGCUUCUCUUUUUAAUUACUUUUUGCCAUUACAUAUGUUUUCAUAGAAAUUCAGUUUGUUUGAUGUGUUUAUUUGAUUUUUAGAACCUCUUUUAACGUUUUGAGUAAUCCAGCUAAUGAUGAACUGGUUCCUUAAGAACACUGUGCUUUGGAGUUUAAUAAAGAUAGGAAGUUAAGGCUCCCCCGUUAUCAUUCAUUUUUCUCUGGUAUUCUGCUCAGCAGGUAUAUCAAGCACUAAAAAACGUAUAAAAAAAUUAUUUGUAUUAAAGAGCUAAGGCAGGUUAGCACGUAUAGCAUGCCAGCCUUGUUAAGCAUGUAAGGAUUGAAGGCAUAUAAGCAGACAAUGCAUUUGUUUUUAAGCACUUUAGAGAUUUUUGUGAUUAUGUGAUGCUUUUUUUAAAACAGAUUUUAGAAGAAUGUUGUGGAGAACAGUGUAUAUAAAAACAAUGGGUUUUUUAUUGUUAUUUACGGCACUUUAAUUUAUUAGCCAAUUUCUUUUUUUUUAGAUCUUUACACGUGUAUGUUCUUUAGGAUGUGCUUACAGUUAAAGAUAUACUUUAAAAGAACUCCCAUGUUUUUUUAUAAAUGUGCAUAUAUUGUUUCACGUUGUAUUUUUUAUUUUUCUUAUAUUGUGCUAGAAAAUUUGAAGUUCUUUCUACCACCAGAGGACGAAAAUAGAUAGAGUGGCUUUUAUUUAUCCAUGCAAAAUUAAACGUUAGCCUUACCAAUGGGUUGCGGCGAUGUUAAUAACAUUAAAAAUAUUAAAGUUCAUACGUUCUCACUUCCAACUCUUGCAUUCAACUUAUGAUGAAUGUACACCCAGAAUUUAAAAAAUUUAGAAGAUUAAAACAACAUUUGAAAGUACUUCAAUAUACCUCGUUCCCAGAGUAUUUUGUCUUUUUAGGGCACAAAGGACCCUGAGGAGACGAGGGAUGCUAAAACAAAAAAUAAAUAUUUUAAAUAUUUUUGCAAAAAGAGCAGUGGCAAUAAAAAAAAGAGAGAUAUAUUUUUUCAAGGAUGAAUUUUAAAACCUGUGCUUAAACUAUUUUGUGAAGAUACGGCAUUGCUCAGGUCAGAGGGGACCCGGGCUAAGUCUUCUCAUUUUACCUAUAAUUAACUAGUGGUCUUAGCUUUAAGCUAUGAGUUAUGAUGUACUCCUUUUAUUGAGCUAUCCUUAGCUAGAGUUCUACUCUUACUUAGGGGUCUGAUUUUUAAGCACAAAUUAUAGAAGAUGUAGCUAACUAGCAAUAAAACUUAGGAUUAGUGUGCAAACACUUUUAAAAUGCUCAUUUUUUCACAUUUUUUGUAAACUUUCAUGGAAAAGGGCUACGUGUGUGUGUGUUAAGUUUUUUGUUUUUAUUGUUCUGUUUUUGACAUUUCCUCUUGAAUUUGAUUCUGCAUGCAAUAUACCAAUAUAAUUGUUUUUUUGUAAAUUCUUUAAGACAUGUUUACAUUAGGGGGAGGGGGGGGGGGGGUUAGUUUUUUUACGUUUUGGGUUAAAGUUUUUUAAGAAAGAUGGGCAUGGUUGUCCAUUUAUGUUGUUCGUGUUGCAAACUGCUUUUUUUAUUUUGUGUAAACUGUUGUGGAAAUGGAUAAUUUAAAUAUACAAAUGUAAUACUAAAAAGUCGUUUUUUCUGCAAACAUACUUCACUGUAAGUUGUUGUGUAAGCUGAUGUUAUUCAUAUUGUGUGUAUUUAAUGUUUUUUUGGGGAGAACUGUAUGGUGAUGUCAGUUUUGCUGGGAGAGAAUUCAAAGGUUUCACUUUUUUGUUUUUGUGGAGAAUUUUACAGCAUUUUAAUUUGAAAUACCUUGCAAGGAAUAAAUUGAGAGUCAACAAAAAUCAGUUUUUAACGUUAUUUUCAAUGCUAAUAUUAAAAACCACUGUUUGAAAAGCAUUAAAACUUAAAUUUAGAAAAAUUAGUCAUUUCUGUACGUUAUUGUCACAUUUUUAUGGGCAUUAAAUAAUGCAGUUUUACAAAGGGUUUUUGUUGAUUUGGAUUUGCUCCUUAGAAACCGUUCUGUUUUACACUUUGUGUAAACUUUUGAGAGGAAGUACUAUUAUAAUAAAAAUGUUUGUUCAUUUCAAAUUUACUCCUUUUUCACUGCAAUGUUUUACAUUUUAGUCUAAAAUGUUUGUUAAAGGGCAGUAUGGAUCAUCAUACAAAAAAACAAGAUAUUUUGUGUUGACUUUUGUUGGUUGAGUUUUAAAUUAUGUGUAAAUUUUUGUGGCAGCGGGUGGCAUGCAACCGAAAUGAUUGAUUUUUCUAAAUUUAAAUUUGUUGUUUUCCAAACAAUAUGGGGAUUGGGUAUUUUUGUAUAAGCUUUUAAGGGAAAGACAAUAUUUAAAAUGAAAAGAAUAAAAGAACCUACUUUUAUUCAUUUGUGUUCUUGCAGACUUCUUUUUGACAUUUUAGAUUAAAACAUUGAAGAUUUUUUAACAUAAUCACUUAUAAAAUGUACAUAUUUGAGAUGCGUUAUUUCUGUUUCGUUGCUGUAACUUUCUAUAAACUAGAUUUUACAUUUUACAAGCCGUUCUUCUUAAUUUUGUGUGGGAGAUUUAAUGCGAUUUUACAUUUGACAUUGUGCCUAACAUUUUUGCUCUAUUAGAAAUUACACCUUGCAAACAUACUUUUUUUUGACAUUUAUAAAUUUUUUUGGUAAAGGGCAGUGUAAAAUGUACUAAAAUAUUUUCUGUGGUCAUUAAAAUUCAUAUGGCAAAUAUUUUCCAUUGUCUUUCCUUCUAGCAAAGUUGAUUUCACCAUCGCCUAUUAUAUUAAAACAUUAGCCCGUGGAAAAAUCCACGGGUUCGCCCGUCCUUUAAAUUUACCCGUCGGAACAAAAUGGUUAAAAAUAUAUCGCAUUUGAUAUUCGUGUUUCGUAGCAUGAUUGAAGAAGCCAUUACAAUUCACUUAAAAGUUUGAGGCCAAAUAACUUGGAAAUAUAUGCUUUUAGGCGUACUUCGAAGGCAUAUGAUCUUGUACAUUAUUUUUAUCUGUAUACGUAUAUGCUUGUAUAUUCUACACUGGCAUUUUUUUCUUGACAGAAUUUAGACUAAACGAUAUUCCCACCUAAAGUUAUUAUCAUGGUGGUAGCUAUGUCUCAUUUAAUUCAGGUCGUAAGAUUAUUUUACAGUAGCAAAAACAGAUUAAAUGUAAAAGUAUAAAAACUUUCAACUAUGACCCUACAAUCUCAAAAGACGGUAAAGGAAAAGCUUGCAAAUGAAUAAAUUCUUAAUUGAACUUUGUGAACUUGCGCAACCAAAAGAAAUGAGCUACAAACCUCCAUAAAACUAGUGAGACAAAAUGCCCCUC